AGUUUUCUGUGUGGCAGAUACAUUUGUUAACCCUGGCGUUAACAGAAGGAGAAGAUGAAAGAUAUCGAUCUAGGAAAAGCAUAUGUUAUACCAAGUCCUGGGUAUAGAAAUGUGAGGGAGAGCAGUCCAGGCCAACAUGAAGAACAAGAUGGGCUGAGUUACCAGCAAGACAAACACAAGUCGUUUGAAUUGCAAGAUGCAUUGGAAACAGCUGCCCGGGUAGAAGGUCUUCCAUUAGAUGUCCCGACAAAUUCUCACUUGGGCGUGUUGGAUAAGGGCUAUCACAGAGGAAAAUAUCACCAUGGCUUGAACUUGAUGAAACCUAUCCGGACUACUUCAAAACAUCUACAUCCCAUAGACAAUGCCGGACUUUUCUCCUAUUUGACAUUCUCGUGGCUUACUCCUCUGGCACGAACAGCCUAUAAGAAAGGAGAACUGUUCACAGAAGAUGUAUGGUCCUUAUCAACCCAUGAGUCGUCAGAGGUUAACUGCAGAAGGCUGGAAAGAUUGUGGCAGCGAGAACUGCAUGAACGUGGGCCAGAUGAUGCCUCUCUCCGGAGGGUCGUAUGGGUCUUCUGCCGCACCAGGCUCAUCAUUUCCAUAGUGUGCUUGAUGGUCACACAACUUGCUGGCUUCAGUGGACCAGCCUUUGUUGUGAAACACCUCCUUGAAUACACACAGCAAACGGAGCCCAACCUGCAGUACAGCCUCUUGUUAGUUUUUGGCCUCUUAAUGACAGAGAUAGUGCGCUCCUGGUCCUUGGCUUUAACCUGGGCUUUAAAUUACCGCACUGGGGUCAGACUGCGUGGAGCUAUCCUUACCAUGGCUUUUAAGAAAAUACUCAAGCUGAAAAAUAUCAAGGAAAAGUCUUUGGGAGAGCUCAUAAACAUGUGUUCUAAUGAUGGACAGAGAAUGUAUGAGGCAACAGCAGUGGGUAGCUUGUUGGCUGGAGGUCCUAUCGUUGCUAUUCUUGGCAUGGUUUAUAACGUCAUCAUACUGGGACCAACAGGUUUUUUGGGAUCGGCAGUCUUCAUUCUCUUCUACCCAGCGAUGAUGUUUGCAUCCCGCCUCACGGCUUAUUUCAGAAGGCAGUGUGUGUCUGCAACCGAUGAGCGUGUCCAGAAAAUGAAUGAAGUUCUUAAUUACAUUAAGUUCAUUAAAAUGUAUGCCUGGGUCAAAGCCUUCUCUCAGAGUGUUCAAAAAAUCAGAGAGGAAGAACGGAAAAUCUUGGAACGUGUUGGAUAUGUCCAGAGUAUCACUGUAGGAGUGGCUCCCAUAGUUGUGGUCAUUGCCAGUGUAGUGACCUUCUCUGUUCAUAUGAUCCUUGGCUAUGACUUAACAGCAGCUCAGGCUUUUACGGUGGUUACAGUGUUCAACUCGAUGACCUUUGCUCUGAAAGUCACACCUUUUUCUGUGAAGUCUCUUUCUGAAGCAUCUGUUGCAGCUGACAGAUUUAAGAGUUUGUUUCUAAUGGAAGAGGUUCAUAUGGUAAGGAAAAAACCAGCCAACCCACACACCGCCAUAGAGGUGAAAAAUGCCACCUUGGCAUGGGAAUCCUCCCAUGCCAGUGUCCAGAGCUCACCAAAGAUGACUCCUAAAAUGAAAAAAGACAAGAAAGAAAAGGGCAAGAAAGAGAAGAUGAAGUUGCAGCAGCGUGAAGGACAGCAGGCGAUGCUAGCCGAGCAGAAAGGUCAACUCUUAGUGGACAGCGACGACCCGCCAAGCCCGGAGGAGGAGAACAAAAAUGUCCAUCUAGCAAAUGUCCGGCUGCAGAGGGUUCUUUACAAUGUUGACCUGGAAAUCGAGAAGGGGAAACUUGUUGGCAUUUGUGGCAGCGUGGGGAGUGGGAAAACCUCGUUCAUUUCAGCCAUUUUGGGACAGAUGACUCUGCUGGAAGGCAGCAUUUCUGUGGAUGGAACAUUUGCUUAUGCAGCCCAGCAGGCCUGGAUUCUCAAUGCAACACUUAGAGACAAUAUCCUCUUCGGGAAGGAGUUUGAAGAAGAAAGGUAUAACACUGUGCUGAACGACUGCUGUCUCAGACCUGAUCUGGCUAUCCUACCUAAUGGAGACUUGACAGAGAUUGGUGAACGAGGCGCAAACCUGAGUGGGGGGCAGCGCCAGAGAAUCAGCCUCGCUCGAGCUCUGUACAGCGACAAGGACAUUUACAUCCUUGAUGACUCUCUCAGCGCCUUGGAUGCCCAUGUCGGAAACCACAUAUUCAACAGUGCAAUACGGAAGCGCAUGAAGUCAAAAACGGUUCUCUUUAUCACCCACCAGCUGCAGUAUCUUGUGGAUUGUGACGAAGUGAUCUUCAUGAAAGAGGGUUGUGUCACUGAGAGGGGAAGCCACGAGGAUCUGAUGAAUUUGAAUGGUGACUAUGCAGCCAUUUUUAAUAACCUGCAACUGGGAGAGACUCCACACAUUGAGAUUAAUUUAAAGAAAACCACAAACAAUUCAUUGAAAAGGCACCCAGAUAAAGGCACUAAAACAGGAUCUGUGAAGAAAGAGAAAGCAGUUAAGAAGGAAGAAGGUCAACUCAUGCAGCUGGAAGAGAAAGGCAAAGGUUCUGUCCCUUGGUCAGUUUACGGCGUCUAUAUCCAAGCAGCUGGAGGCCCCAUUGCUUUUAUCAUCAUCAUGGCUCUCUUUAUAUUGAAUGUGGGCAGCACUGCAUUCAGCAAUUGGUGGCUGAGUUACUGGAUCAAGCAAGGCAGUGGGAACACUACUCUCAUGUUGGGAAAUGAAACAGUUGUGAGCAGCAGUAUGAAGGACAACCCAGAUAUGCAUUACUACGCUGGCAUCUAUGCACUCUCAAUGGGUAUCAUGCUGAUUCUGAAGGCUGUGCGUGGCGUCGUCUUUGUCAAGGGGACAUUGCGAGCCUCCUCCAGGCUCCAUGAUGAGCUCUUCCGACGGAUUCUUCGCAGUCCUAUGAAAUUUUUUGAUACAACUCCUGCGGGGCGAAUUCUUAAUAGGUUCUCCAAAGACAUGGAUGAAGUUGAUGUUCGCCUGCCAUUUCAAGCGGAAAUGUUCAUACAGAAUGUGAUCCUGGUGUUCUUCUGUGUGGGAGUGAUCUCUGGUGUCUUUCCAUGGUUCCUGAUGGCAGUUGGGCCCCUUGUCGUCCUUUUUAUAGUGCUGCAUGUUGUAUCGAGAGUCUUCAUUCGGGAGCUGAAGCGUCUGGACAACAUUACACAGUCCCCGUUCCUCUCUCACAUCACAUCAAGCAUUCAAGGCCUCUCUACGAUCCAUGCCUACAAUAGAGGGCAGGAGUUUCUGCGCAGAUAUCAAGAACUGCUGGAUGACAAUCAAUCACCCUUCUACUUGUUCAGCUGUGCAAUGCGCUGGCUCGCUGUCAGACUGGAUAUUGUCAGCAUUGCCCUCAUUACGACCACUGGCCUAAUGAUUGUUCUCAUGCACGGCCAGAUUUCGCCUGCCUAUGCUGGGCUGGCCAUCUCCUAUGCUGUUCAGCUCACAGGGUUGUUCCAGUUCACAGUCAGGCUGGCUUCAGAGACAGAGGCCCGCUUCACCUCAGUGGAGAGGAUUGACCACUAUAUCAAGACUCUUUCUCUGGAGGCUCCAGCUCGGAUUAAGAACAAGGCUCCCCCUCCAGACUGGCCUCAGGAAGGAGAAGUCAUCUUCGAAAAUGCAGAAAUGCGCUAUCGGGAGAACUUGCCACUUGUCCUCAAGAAAGUGUCCUUCACCAUCAAACCCAAGGAAAAGAUUGGCAUUGUGGGAAGGACAGGGUCGGGGAAGUCCUCUCUAGGAAUGGCUCUCUUCCGCUUGGUUGAACUGUCAGGAGGCUGCAUUAAAAUUGAUGGAGUGAAAAUCAAUGACAUUGGCUUAGCAGAUCUCCGGAGCAAGCUGUCCAUAAUUCCCCAAGAGCCUGUGUUGUUCAGUGGUACCGUGAGAUAUAACUUGGAUCCUUUCACGCAGUACAGUGAAGAGCAAAUCUGGGAUGCUUUGGAAAGGACUCACAUGAAGGACUGUAUUUCUCAGAUGCCCAUGAAACUUGAAUCUGAAGUGAUGGAAAAUGGCGAGAACUUCUCUGUCGGGGAGAGGCAGUUGCUUUGUAUUGCCAGGGCAUUACUGCGCCGUUGUAAGAUCUUGAUCCUGGAUGAAGCAACAGCUGCGAUGGACACGGAGACUGAUUUGCUGAUCCAGGAGACUAUCAGGGAGGCAUUUUCAGACUGCACAAUGCUGACAAUUGCUCACCGCCUGCAUACGGUUCUGGGCUCUGAUCGGAUCAUGGUUCUGAUGCAAGGGCAGGUGAUGGAAUUUGAUACUCCAUCGGUUCUCCUGUCCAAUGAGAACUCUCGCUUCUAUGCCAUUUUUGCUGCUGCAGAAAAUAAGAUUGCUGUCAAGGGCUAAAAUUCAGGGCAAUGUCACUUUAAUCGGGAGGGUAACAGUUUCUGCCUGUGGCAGGAACUCCUCUGUCUUCAUGUUCUCCAAGCAGAUUAUUGCCUUUUCAUCUUUUAAUUUUUAGCAUUGUGGGGUCACGAUUCAGUUCUUUUCUAAAAAGUACUGUAAGGAGGGUUCUUUAUGGUUUUUAUUACGGUAUUUAUUCCAUAUUCUUGUUACUAGUUUUUUGCUAUUAAAUGCACUCUACACAAUGGCUCAGGGAGCCAUGAUUAUAAAUUUAUCAAGAGGCCUAUAUUGAAGCUUUAUACAUGUAGCUAUAUCUAUACAGAAUUCUGUACAUAGCCUAUAUUUACAGUGGAAAUGUAAGCUGUUUAUUUUAUAUUAAAAUGAGCACUGUGUUAAUACCAGUGCAUAUUCUUUUCUAUCAUUUUUGUACAGUUUUACGGUACUGGGAACCUGGCUUUUUCCAGGCUGCGUUAGACCCUGUUUUGUCUUCUGCAGUCUGUUUUCUCUUAGCGCUGGAGUUUCCCAGAUCUCUGGAUGGAAGUGGGCUUUUGCCCUUGACCCCUCCUGUGUCCUGUUGUCACUGUCCUUCACAGAGGAGAGAUGGGCUCUGUUGAUGUGGCAUCGUUUCAUCAGACCCGUCAUGCUCUUUGGCACAUUGCUAGGGCACAUGGAAGUAGUGGCAGCUGUUUCCCAUAACACGUCUGCAGUGGGGGUCAGGUUUCUUUGUGUCUCUUGUGAGAUUCAUAAAUGAGCUUUGUCGGUAGCAAGAGAGGAAGAACCACACAUUAGCAUUAGGUACCUUUAAAGAAAUACUCAUUGCCACUCGCUCUGGUGCAAUAAAGGGAAUGUGAAUUACAUGUUCUCUAUCAGCAGAGUUUGGUUUAUAUUUUAUAGAAAGGAAAUGCAAACUGCUUCUGCUUUGCUGAGCACAUCCAUCCAUCAUUAAUGAACUACAGCAAUUAACCACCAUCAGAUUGAUACCCUGGUGCUGUCUGCAAAAGUUUUCAAAGUGGCCUCUGCUGAAUUAUAGAUCUAGUGAUCUAAAUACGCUAAUACUUCACUUGGGAAGCUUUUCAGAUACUUGGGUGUUUGUAACAAUUAAUUCUUUACCCUACUCUGUCUGCGUGCAAGCUUUUUAUUUUCUGCAUAUUUGUUACUAUAAUUAUCCCUCCCACCACCACCACUGCAAUUUUUAGCAGGCUCCUGCUGAUCAGGGUUUAACACUGGUGUAGGAAAUUUUAUUUUCUUACUGUAAAGAGACCUACCUCAGGUGCUGAGUCCUGUGUGGUACGUUACCAUGGUUACUGUACGCCAUCCCUGUUGUCUCGGGCCAAUAGCCCAGGUGGGCAUGGUCAGUCUUGUAAUAGCUGUGAUUUUAAAUUUGGUCAGCGUUGCAUGUCUUUUUCCCCCCUCCUCUUUUUUUCUCUCCUUUGGUCCAGUUGGACAUUUUAUAGCCUUAGCAUGUUUGCAAAUUGUCUUGUUGAGACAGAAAUCUGAAAAAGUGAAUAAAAACUAUUUUGGGCUUUGUAAAA